AUGGAAGUCGGCUGUCUUUUGCGUUGGGUGCUCCGUUCAUUUUCAACUUGGACUAGAAAUUUAUUUUGUCUUUUAUCUAAGACUUCGUUUAAAGAAAAUUUUUGUUAUUUUCGAUAUGGAAAUAUUAGACUUGGAAUUAAAGCCCGUACAAGUGGCGCAGCUUUUGCCGUUGGCAUCGGUUCCUUUGUUGCCUACAAAAUGCUUUGUAGACUAAUAAAAUCGAAUAGUAUAUGGACAGCUUUGGAGCAGUUAAGUCCAACUGACGAACAAAAAGAUCAUCAAAAAGCAAGUGUUAGCAAUAAUAAUGAAGCUGUUGUACUUGCAGAGGGAUUUUAUGCUGUCCGUUUGGGCGGAGAAAAUGAGCUUCUUCGAAGGUUAGACGAAUUCCUGUCUGCUUCUACUGCCUCUAAAGCAGACGAAAUUGAAGGGAAACCUCAUGUUGCUGUUGUACAGGUUCGUCAAGCAAAUGCCUUAAAACGAUUAUUUCGUCGCAAUCAACAUUUACAAGGAAUUGCCUCAAUGGAUCAACAAAUAAAUUUAAAUAAUAACAGAGCAGAAAAUACAAUAGCGAGUAGAGGGGAUAUUGUACGUUAUGGAGGAAGUGAUGCUUUAAUUGUUGAUCUCUCUAAAUUUUCAAUUUCUUCUAGUGAUUGUAGUCAAUUAUCUUGUAAUACUUCUGCUUCUCGUGCCUUUUGUUUAAACAACCAAAAUGAUUCUGAUUCUUCCUCAAUUUGUUCUGGAAAAAGUUUAAAAACAAAUAAAUCAGCUCUGCUUAAUUUAAAUUGUGAAAAUGAGCUUUUUUGGGAGGAUGAAUUUUCUAAUGAAAGAGUGAAUAAUAGGAGGGAAUUGGGGGAGACUGAGGAAAUUGUGGAUGAUGAAGGCCUUUUUAUCUUUCGCGAAAGAGAAGGAAGUCUUGGAGGUCUUUCCCAACUUUCUGCAAUGAAAAAUCUUGAAAAAAUGUUUUCAAACGAUUGGCUCGAUAAAAAUACAAAUGAAGAGGAUAUUGAGGAUGGUGACAGUUUAGUUGACAAUGCUUUGGAUAAUCUACGUGAAUUAUCCUCACUUGAUGAUGUAGCUAAUGCUGCUUGUUCUUGCUCUUCAUUUGUAAAUACUACACAAACAAAACAAGAUAAUUUCAGCAAUAAAUCCAGAGACGAGCCCCGACUUCCAUUUACAGCUUACAAAAUUGUUUUACAAAAUGAACUCUCCGAAAGCUCUUCCUCUCUUUGUGGAGGAAGUACACGUUCCGACAGAUUUGGACGUUAUUGCUGUCCAUCUUCUCCGCAUAGACAACAGAGAAAAAGAUUGGAAGCUGCUCCUGUCUGCACUUCUCAGGGUUUAUGGGAACUAACUAAAAGUGAUGGCAUAAAUUCUCGCUCAACGUCCGAGAAGCAAUGCUUAGAACUUUAUAGAAGGAAAGAAAGGAGUAACAACAACAAUAAUAAUAAUCAACUUGGUCCAAUGGUUGAUAGUAUAAUAAGUAUUAAUUCCCACGCUUCUUCCUCAAUGGCAACUUCCUCUUCUGCUCAAAUCCAAAUGCCUAAUUCUGGGGCAAUGAUUGACUCAGCAAUUGGGACAGACUUUCAAUCAAGUGCUGAUGAUGAUGAUUGGAAGGAACAAUGCUUCGAGGAGGGGGAAACUACUGAAAAUGUUAAUACACGUCCGAGAACGAAAAGUGGCGUUUUUAGGUGGAUAUUUUGA